AUGUCUGACGACUCGGACUUCUCAGACGAAGAUAUUCCACUCGCAGUUUCAAAGCGCACUGCAAGGACCAUCGCUCAGGAGACUACGGACGAUGGGGACCAGUCAAAUUACAGAAUUACUGGCGCAUUAAAGGUGCCUCGACCGACUAGCUACACUACCCAAGCUCUCUUUGAACAAAUCGUCGCGAACGAUAUCGAUCUAUGUCCUGACUACCAGCGCGAGGUUGUCUGGCCGGAGGCAAAGCAAAUAGGCAUUGUCGACUCAAUUUUCCGUAAUUUUUACGUUCCUCCCCUCAUAUUUGCGGUCGUGUACCGCGACGACGGUUCGGAGCGCAGGGUAUGCAUUGACGGAAAGCAGCGUCUCACGUCCAUAUUCAGAUUCAUGAGCGGAGAAAUCUAUCACAAGGACGUGUUCACGAAAGAGAAAUUUGUUUUCAAAGAUAUUGGUAAACACAAGUCGGUGAAAUUGUUGCCUGAGAGAUAUGUCAAAAUCUUCAAGACCAAGCAAAUUGUCUGCAUUGAGUAUCAGGAUUUGACCAAUGAGAAUGAAAGAGAAAUCUUCCAAAGAGUCCAAUUAGGGAUGGCUUUAACUCCUGCUGAGAAACUUCAAGCUAUUAGUAGCCCAACUGCAUCAUUUAUUAGGGAUCUCCAGAGUUCCUAUAUUAGUGAUGGUUUGGCUACUGAGCUCGAGUGGGACCUCAGUAGAGGCAAUGACUUCAGGUGUUUAACUCAUGCAGUCUACAAUAUGAUGAAGUGGCCCACCUUGAGUUCCCCAACAAUUCAAGCUCUCCAGAAGAUGCUCCAGCAGCAUGAAGAACCAGAUCCAAAGUUCUGUAGCCAGGUCCAUCAGACAUUCCAAGUCUUUCUUAUGCUUGCUCAAGAUUCCAAACAUAAGAAAGCCUUCAAACUUUCUGAUGUCAAGAAGUUGGCUCCUGUAGAGUUUAUCAGCAUUGCAACCCUCAUUCAUGUUCACAAGGCCAAGCUGACUCUGGCCCAGCUUUCUCAGGCCAUAACACUUAUGCGGAGGGAUGUUCGCAAGAAGGAAGUCGAUAUCCGUAUGAACAACCGUGUUGUUAAGAUCAUGGUUGACUUCAUAAAGGACCUUCCGGUGCUCUCUCCCGACACUCAUGAUUUACUACCGGCGGCCAAGCAUCGGCCAUUGAAGCGAAAGCGAGUCGGACGGGAAGAUAAUGAUGACGAUGAGGAAGAGGAAGGUGAAGUAGUGCGGCCUCAAUCGAAACGUAGAGCCCCCCCAAACCCUGACCCGCCGAUGCUCACUGCCUCGCAAGCGCAAGAGACGCUAGCAUGGCCAACAGCACCUACGGAGCUUCCGCGGUCAGCGACCCAUGGCUCUCGACAGUUGUCGUCGUCGUUGAAUCCUGAUCGCAACGCGAUAGCAUCUCCCUCAAAUCCCGACCGACUUGCAGCACUCAAAGCCGCGAAGAUGCCCUCUACAGCGGAAACGCCCGCCGGACGUCCCGCUCCCUCUGUGACUGCGUCUCCACAAAUUGACACCGGCCAUCAUGGUACCUCCACACCAACGCUUCCUCCUGCUCGCUCUGCAACGCUCAACUCCCCUAUGGUGCACGACAACAUCCGACCGCCCAACUCGCAACUAUUACCUCACCCCUCGCUUCCACCAGUACCGGAAUUCACGCUGCCGCGACAUAACUUACUGGGAGAGUCGAUAAUGGCGCGGGCGAAGGGCUUUGAUCCACGUCCUGGAGAUCAUAAUUACCAGGACGACCGACGCGAUCCCCGCUCAUCGGUGAGCGCGGCGUCUUAUCCCCCUCCUCCUUAUCCUGGCCGCGACCAGUACAACGGAUGGAGCGAGCCGCUGCACCUGUCCCUCCAAGGCCCAUCGCCAUUCUAUCAGCCGCCUCGCGAGAGCCGUGGGUAUUAUGCACCUCCGCAACCGCCAGGAUCGUAUGGCCUACCGUAUCACAGUUAG